CCAGUACAUUGCAGAGUCGGAGAAAGGAGAAAAAACAGGAAAAAAUCUCUCCUCCUUAACGAUGCUUCUGCGAAGCUCAUCAACGCCAAUGCUCAACUCAUGGUUUCCUCACUCCAAGGAACCCUCAGCAGAGCCUGAAUUCUUUCACCAAAUCUACAAAACCCGAUCGCUUGCUUUAACAGCUUCUUGUUAUAGUUCGUUCUCUUCGUCUUCCAUUUCUUCUCAUGACGAUUCGAUGAAGAAAAUGACCAAAGCCCUUUCUGAGCCCGACCUCAGAUGCCUCUCAGCCCUGAAGAAGAAACCCGUCAUCAAAGUCAUGGAUGGAUUUGCGCUUGAGGAUGAAGACGAGAAAAUGGCGUCGUCGGGUACUGGUUUGUCUUUGGGGUGUGUUGUGUUAAAUGAGGAGUCCAAUGUUAGGACGAAAGAUAAUAGAUUGCUUGGACUUUUGGUGGGUGGUGGAAUUGGUAGUGGUGGCGGGAAAAUCUGUGGCGGUGGUGGUGGUGGAUCGGACAACGGAGAUGGUGGCAACUCUGGGUUUUGGGAUUCAAAUAGUGGGAAUGAUAGAACAGAUGUUUAUUAUCAAAAAAUGAUCGAAGCAAAUCCUGGGAAUUCGCUGCUGCUUAGCAAUUAUGCGAAAUUCUUGAAAGAGGUUCGAGCAGAUUUUGUAAAGGCUGAAGAGUAUUGUGGGAGAGCAAUCUUAGAAAACCCCAAUGAUGGAAACGUUUUAUCUAUGUAUGCUGAUUUGAUAUGGCAGAGGCAUAGGGAUGCUUCCCGUGCUGAGGCAUAUUUCGAUCAAGCUGUUAAAGCGGCUCCUGAUGAUUGUUUUGUGCUAGCAUCAUAUGCUCGGUUUCUGUGGGAUACUGAGGAAGAUGAGGGGCAUGAAGGAGAAGAGAUGAGUGAAUCAUCACCACCAACUCUUUUCCAUGGAAAGUCACCUCCUUUAGCUGCUGCUUCAUAAAUUCACUCGCAUAAUUUUUGACCAUUGUUCAUAUAUCCUUUUCUUUUAGGCCUUUUCCCCCUUCUAAGAUAAAUUAUUUUAACCAAUUGUUGUUUUGCCGCCUGUGGUUGUUGAUCCAUAUCAUGUAAAAAGGAAAAUAAGAAAUGGAAUGAAUCUUUAUUGGGAAAA